GACACCGCUGACAACGAGGAGCCCGAGACCGACGGCCGCGAUGAGGAGAAUGACGUUUUCCAGAUCGUGGCGGACCAGAUUCAAGGACAACCUGACUACGAUGAAGAAGAUGCGCUGGAUGUGCUGGAGACGUACCAGGAUAUCAGGCGCAAGAUGCAGCAGAAAAAGGUUGGGCGUGGAUUCAGGUCAACGAAUUCCACGUGGAGCUUGUCUGGACGGGUAAAGGGCCGGUUGGAACAGCUGAAGCAGAAAACGAAGUGCUUUACAUGUCAGCAGACGGGACACUGGAAAAGAGAGUGCCCUCGCAGGAAGGGAGGGCACACGUCUUCUUCGGGCCAAGCAAGCUCGACCAAGGACGCGAUGAUCGCCGAUGGUGGCGAUGAUGAGGCCAAGGAGGGUGAGUUCUUCAUCCCCACAGACCAGAUAGAUGCCCUGGAUGUGUUCCUGGUGGAGGGGAACCAGGGCGAUGUCGACAUCGUCGUGGCCGGCAAGGACGAGCUGGAGUGUGCUGAUGUGAGCGCCGCUUUGGGGGACCUUGAUCGUGAGCGGCUUCUUUUCCAGAAUUUUUGUGAGAAUGCACCGGACGCCGACAGUCUGAGCGAUGCAUAUAUGGCCGAGAGCGGUGGUCUUGGUGUCAUGAAUGAGCCAGAUGUGACUCAGAAGAUGCAAGUGAAGACGCACGAGGUCAUGAGCUACCUGCCGGAAGACAUCAACAUGGGAGCGCCAGUGGAGACGUUCACGAGGACACCUCUGAUCGACAGUUUGCUGCAGGAAGUGGGGCCACAGCUGGAAAUCGGACAGCACGAGCUCCCGGCAGCAACGCUGGACCAGAUGUCGGACAAGGAAGAAGACGCGCCAGACGGGCUCGUGCACGGGCUAAGCGGAAGGACAAUCUUCAACAUCGGCAAGUACAUGAAGACGGGGCGAGCAGUCAGCUUCGAGAUCGCCUACCAGACGGACAAGGCAUAU